AUGGCUGAUGCAUCCCGCGCACUCGCGAUAGAGUUCGCCGGCAACCUGGUCGCCCCCACCCCCAGGGGGCUGAGCGAGAAAGCGGUCGACAAUGCGCGCCAAGACCUGGGGGCGCUGCUCAGCCAGUGCACCGAUGAGGUGGAGGGUGUUGUGUACGAGCACCACCAGCGGUUCCUGGAGGCCUGCAAGGGCGUCGAGGACAUAGAGGACCAGGUGGCGCUGCUGCGCAACUACACCAACGGCCUCACAGCGCUGGUGCAGAACCUCAAGGGGCAGAAGCAGCUGGGCAAACAGGUUGCGCAGGCCGGCCGCGCCGCGCCCCUGCCGGAGGCGCCCGACCUGUUCCCGUCAGACGAUGACAGCAGCAGGGUCCGCGCCAUCGAGUCUCAGCUCGAGGUGCUGCUGCGAGAGCUGGACGUCGCUGUGGCAGUCAGGGACCUGCCGACAGCCAGGGCGCUGCUGGCCGCGGGCGAGGACUGCCUGGCGGUGCUGGACCGGGACGCGGGGGUGCUGUCGUUGGAGGUGGAGGAGUUCCCCUCGUGGCGCCACCAUGUGGAGAGCGCCAUCGCGCUGCGCAAGCGCACGCUGGCGGCGGCGCUCGAGAGGCAGCUGGCGGACGCGCACGCCAGCGGGCCGGAGAUCAGGUCUGCAACGCGGGCGCUCGGGCAGCUGCUGGGCGACUGCCACGCGGUGGCUGCCAUGCUGCACUGCUACAGCAGGAAGGUCGGGGUGCAUCAGGCACAGCUGCUCAAGCAGCUUGCGGCAGCAUUCUUCCCUCAAAUCCCGUUUGCUGCCACGCGCACGCCCUUCAUCGACCCCCCGAACCGCGCCACCGUGUCAGGUGGCGCCGACCCCGACAAUCUGGAGUACGCCGGGGCCCUGGUGCAGCGCACGCUGCUGGAGGUGGGGCGCGCCGCGGACGACCUCGUCACAAUCUUCGGCGACCAGCAGCACGACGUGGCGUCGCUCUUCAGCGUGUGGGUGGCGCGGGAGGCACGCGGCUGCGCGCAGGCGCUGAAGCGCAACGCGCUCGCGCCCGCUGCGGCGGCGACGGGCGGCCCUGCGGCGGCCGUGCAGGUGAUUUCCAUGGCCAUGGUGUUCUGCCGCGAGCUGGAGGCCACCCACACGGUGUCCGUCACGCCCGCGUUCAGCUCCGAGCUCUGGCCCUCCCUGGAUGGCGCACUGCGGCGGCACGUCAAGCGCUUCCAGGACGAGCUGCGUAUGGUGACGGACGCGCGCACCUGCCUCAUCCUCUCCACCUGGGCCCCCUUGAAUUGGGAUCAUGUGCUCGCAGCUGCUGAGGUGGACGACUUGGCGCUCCAGGCGGUUGCUGACAUCAUCAAGCGCGUCGCGCCAGACGGGCCGCCGCAGGUGACGCUGGUCACCCCGUCCAUGCUGACGGGGGAGCUGAGGUCACUCGCAGAGCUGAUGGCCCCUAUGGAAGGCCCCAAGCUAGCGGCGUCGAUGCGGCGGAUAGUGAAGGAGGUCUUCGACGGUUAUGUGCAGGCCGUGUCUUCUACGCUGCAGCGGCACAUCGAGGGUGCCCCCUCCAACGCGCGCAAGCUGCAGCCGAUGAUCGCGCCACUCAUGGAGGAGGUGGCCGCCCUGAUCGAGGACGGCAUCCCCGCGGCGCUCGCGCCGUUCGAGGCGCGCGCGGGCCCCGUGACGGACGCGGAGGACCUGGAGCGUGCGCUGCAGGAAAUGUAUGCGAGCUGCACGGCGGCGUGCAGGGGCGCGGGCGCGGCAUCCCGGAGGUCGGCGACCCCGCAGGGGUGA